UUCGCGUUGGAAUUCGAACGAUGAUGGAGGUAGAAGAACCGAAAGAGAUGAACAACGUGAUGUGCCUUUUGGCGGACCCGGAAGGGACGCCUCUCGGAGCUCCGAUGUAUCUUCCACAGAACGCUGGCCCGCCGCAGCUCCAAGAAGUUGUCAAUAAGCUCCUAAAUAAUGAGGAGAAAUUGCCUUAUGCAUUUUACAUAUCAGAUCAGGAGCUCUUUAUGCAGCUUGGAUCUUAUUUACAAAAAAACAAAGUUACUGUGGAGAAGGUACUGCGAAUUGUUUAUCAACCUCAAGCUAUUUUUCGAAUCCAUCCAGUCAAUCGGUGUUCUGCAACUAUUGCUGGUCACACAGAAGCUGUACUUUCUGUUGCCUUCAGUCCUGAUGGCCGACAUCUUGCUAGUGGUUCUGGUGACACCACUGUCCGUUUAUGGGACCUUAAUACACAGACUCCAUUGUACACAUGUACAGGGCAUAAAAACUGGGUCCUUUGUAUUGCAUGGUCACCUGAUGGUAAACAUCUCGUGAGUGGUAGCAAGGCUGGAGAACUUCAAAGCUGGGAUCCACAGACUGGGAAGCCGUCAGGCAACCCCCUUACUGGACACAAGAAGUGGAUUACAGGUAUUUCUUGGGAACCAGUGCACCUGCAAGCUGCUUGCCGCCGUUUUGUAAGUUCUAGCAAGGAUGGAGAUGCACGCAUUUGGGACAUUGCAUCAAGGAAGUGCAUUGUUUGUCUUAGUGGUCACACACUUGCAGUAACCUGUGUGAAGUGGGGUGGAGAUGGGAUGAUAUAUACAGGCUCCCAGGACUGUACAAUCAAGGUAUGGGAAACUUCACAGGGGAAGCUCAUUCGUGAACUCAAGGGGCAUGGUCAUUGGGUUAACUCUCUCGCCUUGAGCACUGAAUAUGUUCUUCGAACUGGGGCAUUUGAUCACACAGGAAAACAGUAUGCGUCUCCAGAGGAAAUGAAAGAGGCAGCUCUAGAAAGGUACAACAAAAUGAAAGGUAAUGCUCCAGAACGGCUGGUUUCAGGAUCUGACGAUUUCACCAUGUUUCUCUGGGAACCUGCUGUUAGUAAGCACCCAAAAGGUCGUCUGACGGGUCACCAACAGCUUGUAAAUCAUGUUUACUUUUCACCUGAUGGGCAAUGGAUAGCAAGUGCUUCUUUUGACAAAUCUGUCAAGUUGUGGAAUGGUAUCACAGGAGCAUUUGUUGCAGCUUUCCGAGGGCAUGUCGGACCUGUAUACCAGAUAAGUUGGUCUGCUGACAGUAGGCUACUCUUAAGUGGAAGCAAGGAUUCUACAUUGAAGGUUUGGGAUAUCCGGACACGUAAGCUGAAACAAGACCUUCCAGGCCAUGCUGAUGAGGUUUUUGCUGUGGAUUGGAGUCCAGAUGGUGAGAAGGUAGCAUCUGGUGGCAAAGAUAGAAUGCUGAAGUUAUGGAUGAACUAGAUAGAAUCUGAAGAGAGAAUGGGAUGAGAACUCAAAGAUGCGACACUGUUGGUGUCCAGGUAUGAAAGAGGGUGAGAAGCCCUUUUAAGUAUUGCUUUCUUGUGCUGCGAGGUAUUGCACAGCAAUUUAUAGUAAGAGCAGUCACAUAAUUUUGGUUUCACAAGAAACCCAACUUGGGUUUCUCACCAUGGGAGGGGAAAGAGAAGGUUUCUAUAAUUUAAGUCCGUCGAGAUUCACAUUGAAAGCUACCGUCGAGUUGCUGGAACGUUUCUUUUUCUUCUUUGUCGUUGUAUGAAAUUGCAGUGUAUAAGAAAUUGUUUGAUUGUUAAGAUUUUGUGACCCAUUUAUUUGUUUAUUUAUUCAUUUCUGAAUUGGCGAA